AUUGAUCGACAAGCAGUCGUUGCCCUUUGAACACCCUGUCACCGGAGACGUCUCGCGGAGGUGAAGAUGGCCAAACGCGGUGUGGAAGAAACAGAUGCGCUUUCCGGCGCUCUCAAGGCGGGAGAGCGGCCGAUGCCUGAUGCCCCGCCAAACGAGAUGGGCGAGUUUGAGGACGAAUUUGAGGACGAAUUCGAGAGUGAAGACGAGAUCUUCGAAGCUGGCGUGGACGGUCGUCCAGACGCGGAACGGGAAGAAGAAGAAAGGGAUGCGAUGGACGUGGACAAACAGACCUUCAUACCCGGUCGAACAAAGUUGGCACCCGGGGAGACGUUAUCGCCGGAUCCUUCUACAUAUGAUAUGCUCCAUACCUUGACCACGCCGUGGCCCUGUCUAUCGUUCGAUAUAGUCCGGGACAAUCUAGGUGACAACAGAAAGACUUAUCCCGCUACCGUAUAUGCAGUUGCUGGAACACAGGCCGACAGACCGCGUUCGAAGGAAAACCAGCUUAUGGUGUUAAAACUGAGUGGGCUUAGCAGAAUGGAGAGGGAGAGAGGGGAGGAGUCGGACGCUGAAUCGGACUCGGAUGACGACUCUCCUUCGGAGCCUAUCCUCGAAUCCAAAUCGAUAGUUCUGAACUCUACGACGAACCGUAUCCGCGCGCAUCAGACUCCGCAUUCGUCCAACGAUCCAACGAAGGCCCCUCAGACCCUAACGGCCUCCAUGCUCGAAAAUUCCCAAAUCCUUAUCCAUGACGUAUCACCAUACCUUGCUAGUUUCGACAACCCUGGUUUAGUCAUCCCUCCAUCCGCUUCGAAACCUUUAUCUACCCUGCGAAUGCAUAAAUCAGAGGGCUACGCCCUAGACUGGUCUCCCCUCUAUCCACUUGGAAAGCUUUUAACAGGGGAUAAUGAUGGUGCAAUAUACGUAACAACUCGCAGUGAAGGAGGUGGAUGGAUCACGGACACUCGACCUUUCACCGGCCACACUUCUUCUGUUGAAGAAAUUCAAUGGUCUCCGAAUGAAAGGAAUGUUUUUGCUUCUGCCAGCAGUGAUGGCAGUGUCAAAGUUUGGGAUGUUCGAUCGAAAUCUCGUAAGCCUGCCGUGGAUGUGAAGAUUUCAAACACAGACGUCAACGUCAUGAGUUGGUCGAAACAAACAUUCCAUCUUCUUGCAACGGGUGCCGACGACGGCCAAUGGGCAGUCUGGGAUCUCCGAAAUUGGAAGCCUGAUAACAAUAAACCUUCUCAGCUCCGACCACAAUCUGUUGCGUGCUUCAAUUUCCACCAAGAGCCCAUUACUAGUAUAGAAUGGCAUCCUACGGAUGACAGUGUUGUUGCUGUUGCUUCUGCAGAUAACACUCUCACUCUAUGGGAUCUUGCUGUCGAGUUAGAUGAUGAGGAAGUACGAGAUGCCGGUCUGGCCGAUGUACCGCCACAGUUGUUGUUUGUUCAUUGCAUGGAAAUGGUAAAAGAGUUGCACUGGCAAGGACAGAUGCCAGGAACUCUCAUGGCUACUGGCAGUGAUGGAUUUGGGGUUUUCAAAACGAUUAGCGUUUAAUUGGGAAAAAGUGUGACCGUUAAGACCUAGAAGUUGGAGCUUUCUGUUUGAUAUCCAAAAGUUGAGCAGUUACUAAACAAUGGUUUUAUGUUUCCAAUAAAAUCACUGAUGUUUCUCCUGUUUGGCCACUCCUGGCUUUACAGCGUCAAGUUCACGCUUCGGUAAAUAUUUACAAAUGUUUUACCAACAGAUUAGCCAUACUCCUGGCUAACUUCACUGCCUUGUAUUUCUCAUGCCCCUGCUUCUAUUCAAUGCCACUUGCCGCACAUAUCGGCUCACGAAUCACUCAGUACACAAAGACAAUUAGCACAUAUCUUACAAUAUCCAAGGCGGCCCCAUCGCAAACACAGUUUCAUACAAGCAUUGUGGCUGUAUGGU